UUAUGCAGUUUAAAGGGCAAGUCUCUGAAUCUAUGCCAGCAUAGAUUCCAGGCAGUACUCCAAAGCAUUACGAGAAACCAGCUGACUUCAGUUAACCAAGUCAACAAAACACCACCUUAUCCUUGGAGCAGGUUCUAUUUACUGUAAAAGAACAAGAGAUUUGCACCAGGUCCAUGCUGCACGCUGUGGUCAGCGGUGUCACACAGAUCUUCUGUUGUGCUCCCUUCUGUUCCCUGCCUGAUGGUCAGCAAUGUCACACAGAGCUCAGUUAACACACUUCACUGACCACAAAUCAGUUAACUAUACAUUUAUUUAAUACAGUAUCCUUAAGCAAUUACAAUCUUAGUUGGCAAAUGCUCAACAGAUAGCAAUUCCAAACAUAUACUCACAAACAAAUGGUCUUAGCAAAGCACACAACAAAUAAUGUGCUACAGGAGAAGGGAUUGUUAGGAGGGAUAAUAGUCUGAUGUUCCAUGGUCAGUGCAGAUGUUGGUGUGCACGGUGUGGGGGUCUCUGUGCAGCUGAGGGGGGAUCCCAUUCAAUAGUGGUCCCUGCACUACUUCUGUAUUCUGCUAGCAUCUGAUCUCUGCUGAUAUUGUUACUUAAUGGCUAGAGUGCAGGCUGCUUCUGCUGUAUGAGAUUAGUCUGAUAAGCUAUGCAUGGCCUGCUUCAUGAAAAAGUAAGGAAGGCCUUCCCUGGGUCCUGCAGCAGUUGGUUAUACUUCUUUUACUUAAGCCUAGAGCCAUGGAAGCACAUCUGUGAGUGCUGUAACAUGUUUUUGUCUUGGCACAGCACCACCUUGACAAGAAACGACAACAGAGUGGCACGACGUCCCGACAGAAAUUGCUGAGUCAGGCUCUUGAUAUUAGUUUGUGACUGGCAGGGGCAGAGUCAGGUUAUCGGUUUUCCCAGCAAUACAGGCUAUGCACCAAGAUGACUAGGCAGAAAACCACUACCAGACCUUCUCCUGGUCCUGUUUUCCACUCCUCACCCAUCUAUGCUUUCCUUUUCUUCAGCAUGUCUUUUCAGGAGAAUCCUACAGGAUUAGGAUAGGAAGGCCAUUAUUUUGUCUUGAUGAGAAUUGCACAUUGAUUAAUGGCAAAUUCACAGCAGCAAGUGAUACAGUUGUACCUGUAAAGUGGUAUGGCAUACCACUUUAUGCUAUAAAUCUUAGCAAUUAGAUGAAAUCUUAAUCUAUUUCAUAAGUGGCCAAGGUUCUACUGUUCACAAAUCUGUCUUCCCUCAAAACCAAACCACAAUUCUUAAUUCAGUGUAACCACAUCUUCAACUUGCCACUAAAGCAGCAUUUGAAGAUUUGCUGUCUGAUCUUUCCAGAGUUGAAAUAAUUUGUACUUAAAAUCACUGCAAAAUUGGUAGUCUUAUGAAAUCCUAGAAAACACCAGAAAUGUUUAAUGAAGAAUUUUUUCUAAUAACCCCCAAAUGAAUUUCUUUACAACAAUAAACUGCAGACCACUUCUGAACCUGAGGAAGUCAUUUGUCCAACGAUUCCUCUAGUGACCAAGGAUGUUUUCUAGCUUCUAAGUUAUUUUAAAGGAAGAUAAUAACCCAUACAGUACCUUCAAUAAUCACAGAACAUAUGUUGACAUACCUUUAAAGAGAAUAUCAAUAAAAUCACUUGCAAGGUAUAAUGACAGUCAUCUAUGGGAUUAUCUAACAGAGUUUGUCAGGAAAACAGACAAUCCCUGCAGUGAAUUGCUGGCACAAGAACUGGAGGGAGGGAAAAGUAAAGAAUCAUUUAUCCAUUUUAAAACAAAAAGAACAAACCAAACCAUGUGCUCUGUGUCUUGUUUUCAGUUGUAUCAUUCCGAUGCUACUACUCAAGUCAAAUAGCAGUAACAGAGUAGUAAAUCAGAUACCUAAUGCAAUUGACUAAUGCUCACCUCUCCCACGGAAGUAUUGUCUUUCCUGAAAAGGAACACAGCAUGUGAUAUUUUCUUUGACCUCAGAAUAAAAAUUCAAUGACUCAAACAAUAGAGCAAUAUUACUGAGUCACUGAAUUCAGCUUGCUGGCAGAACUGUGCAGGGGAUUGGAUUCCAUCUCUAAAGGUCCCUUCCAACCCCAAGAAUUCUGUGAUUCUUUGUGACACAUGAAAGAAGAGCUGAUAGAGCAGCUUAGGUAACCAAGCUGGCAGACAGAGAGGCAAGACCUUCGCUACUGCAGUUCUGGAGCUGCUUCAAAGUUAGAAGUUGUUUGCAAUACAUUUCUCAUAGACCACAGUGCCUGUUGGUACGGUAAUGAUGUAUGUAAACUUCAGGCACACAUAAAGUUAUUUAAUAAUUGUACCUGAUGAUAGGUCUUGGAGAUUCUCCCUCUUCCUUGGGAGUGGGAUUGCUCCCAGUUAUUUCUAUGUUGUAGGCUAUCCAUCCAUUACACACUCCGUUCUAAUCUUUAAUAAAAUUCUGGGGCACUUACUGGCACAUUAGGAAGUGUUGAUUUAACCCUGCCAAGGUCAAAAUGUAACAACCACCACAUUAAUGUUGUCACUUAUAAAUAUGUAACCUGUGUUAACUGUGAAUCCUACUGAGAACAGCUCUACCAGAUCUUCCAAUACAUUAGUUAUAGUAUCAGAACUGUACCAGUACUGGGGCUGGCACAGAACUACGUUCCAAUUAAUGCUUUUUAAACAUUUACCUGGGCAUCUUUUGGACUUCCACUGUUUCAUUUGGAUAUUAGUCUGGAGAAGAGGUGGCUCUGGGCAGACCUUACGGCUUCCUACAACUCCUGAGAGGAGGCGGUGCUGAGGUGGGGGUUGGCCUCUGCUCUCCCGUAAGGAUGAGAGGUGAUGGCCUUACAUUGCACCAGGGGAGGUUCAGGUUGGGUACAAGGGAAAAUUCUCAGUAAGAGCGGUCAGGCAGUGGCACGGGCUGCACAGGGAGUGGUGCAAAGCCCAUCCCUGGAGGUGUUCAACGGCCGCGGAGAUGCGGCGCUGGGGACGUGCUCAGCAGCAGUGGGUGGCAGGUGGGCGGUUGGACUUACAGCUCUUUUCCAACCGCGGUGAUUCUGUGAUUCUAUUUUACAGAAGACAGCGCAGGCUUAUGUAACAUCAGUAAAGCUGCCCCUCAAUCCUUCCCUUUGUUCCCACCGACUGACCCGUUUCUCGGUCAUUCUGAGCACACUUCGCUUCCCCUACCCAUAUUCGGAAGCCUUUCUCCGUGCUGCUGCCUUAUAGCCGAACAACCAUCCCGCGGCUUCAACAACAGCAGGCUGCAGCACCAUUAACUACAGGACGGGAAUCCCCGCGCCAGGCUCUCCAGCCGCUCGGCCCCGUUCCCCUGGGGGCGGCCGUGUGAGCGGAGGAGCCCCGGGCCCCGCGCUACCUCAGCCCGAGCCGCCCGCCCACCCGCGGGCGCCGCCGCGCAGCUCAGCGCGGGCAGCGAGGCUCCGCCGCGCCUCAGCACCGAGCGGGCCGCGCGCGGGGCCGGCGGGAUCCUUCUCCCUCUGACACCUCCGGGCGCCGGCGACCGCCACGCUCGGCGACCGCGGCAUGAAGCAGGCGCUGGUGGACGACACCGAGGACGUGUCUCUGGACUUCGGCACCGAGGAGGAGCUGGCGCUGCGGAAAGCCAAAAUCAGGCACCCACUGGCCACCUUUUUCCACCUGUUUUUCCGAGUCAGUGCUAUUAUUACCUACUUGUUCUGUGACUGGUUCAGCAACAGCUUUGUUGCCUGUUUUGUCACUAUUCUUCUUCUUCUGUCCUUUGACUUUUGGUCAGUUAAGAAUGUGACAGGAAGACUCUUGGUUGGUUUACGUUGGUGGAACCAGAUUGAUGAAGAUGGAAAAAGUCACUGGGUAUUUGAAGCAAAAAGGGUGCCUACAAUAGCUGCCUCAACUGAAGCUGAAGCUCGAAUCUUUUGGCUUGGCCUCAUUAUCUGCCCAGUAAUUUGGACAGUGUUUUUUUUCAGCACCUUGUUUUCCCUGAAGCUGAAAUGGCUGGCUCUUGUCAUAGCUGGUAUCUCCCUUCAGACUGCUAAUUUGUAUGGAUACAUCCACUGCAAAUUAGGGGGACAAAAAAGCAUCAGCAAAAUAACUUCAAGGUUUUUUGUCACAGCAGAUGUUGCCAAGAGACAGAGCAGGCGGAUUUCAGAAGACUGCAUUGAGGAACAUGGGAAGACACGGACCAGAUAAUCAUUUAAGGAAAAAUAAAAGGAUGAGCAGUAGGAGUUCUCAUUUAUUAAAGCUGAUUUUCAUAUGAAAUUAUUGAAGUAAAGCUCUUCUAGAAUUGCCUGCAUGAAAUAAUGAUUUUCUAUCAUUUGUUUAAAAGGCUCCUAAACCUCUCAAUCUACUUCAAAAUAACAUUUUCCCCCAAAGGCAGUUUGCUUGUAGUUAUGCAGAACUUCAAAAAGCAGACGUUAUCUUGAGAACCUGAAACUGCUAGAUUGUCCUGAGCACCAAAAUGCAGCCAGAAGACAAUCAUUUGUUUAAUUCUGAAACUAAAACUAAUAAAGUGAAAGUACCUUUUCCUCCUGUACACAA